AUGGACAAUCUUCAGAAUCAUCUGACUGGGCCGAGAGACGGGAGAAAGUGCGGGACGCUUUCAUCGUCAGUUGGGAAGGCUACGAGCAAAACGCAUGGGGUAGGCUCUAUAAACAUUGCGACACCGGCGGGCAUUGCUAACUACAAAGCAGGAUAUGACCAGUACCGACCUGUUUCGAACGUCAACCAGGAAUCAACGAGCGGCGGACUGGGCUGGAUGAUCGUGGAUUCGCUGGACACAUUGAUGAUCAUGAACCUAACAUCGAAGGUGCACCGUGCCCGACAAUGGAUUUCGACCACAUUACAAUAUGACCAAGAUCGCGAGGUCAACACAUUUGAAACAAGUAUCCGCAUGCUUGGUGGCUUGUUGUCUGCGCAUUAUCUGUCGACCCAAUACCCUAACCUGGCACCACUCAAUGAUGACGAUGUUGGCGCUGCUGGCGAAGACCUGUACAUUGAAAAAGCGACGGAUUUGGCCGAACGGUUGUCUGGGGCGUUUGAUUCCCCAAGCGGUAUUCCAUGGUCGAACGUCAAUCUCAACACAUCCGAGGGUGUUGUGGUUCAUUUCGAUGAAGGGGCCACAUCCAUUUCCGAAGCAGGAUCUUUGCAGCUUGAAUUCAAGUAUCUAGCUAAGCUAACCGGUGAAGCUGAAUACUGGAAAAGCGUGGAGAAGACUAUGAAGUUAAUUGAUCUGCAAGAGCCUAAAGAUGGUCUGGUGCAAGGCGCUAUUCACCCCGACACGGGCCGUUUCAAGGGAGACAGCAUUAGCUUGGGUAACAAGGCAGACUCUUAUUACGAAUAUCUCAUCAAGCAGUACCUGCAAACCUCACAAACUGAACCCGUCUACAAGGAGAUGUGGGACGAGGCCCUGCAAGGAAUCCGCAAGCACUUGAUAUCAUUCACUAAAAACUCUCAGUUAAUGGUUCUCGGCGAACGGCCACAGGGCUUAGACCAUGAGCUGUCUCCCCGCAUGGACCACCUUGUCUGCUUCAUGCCGGGGACAAUUGCGCUCGGUGCAACCGGCGGACAGCCUUUAUCCAAGGCCCGAAAGGCAGCAGACUGGUCUCAGCAGCACGAGGAAGAAAUCCUCAUCGCUCGCGAAUUGAUGAAAACCUGCUGGGCGAUGCAUCAAGCCACGGCAACUGGUCUCGCAGCUGAGAUCUCACACUUCGUCCUCGACGAACCCCCUCUGACAAUGGCCGAUAAAUAUCCUGUCUUGGCCAAAUCUAAGCCCGAGAUCCUGCGCGGUAUUUCCAAACCCCUCGAGGCACAGCGCGAUGGCUCAGAGCCCUGGCGCUCAGACAUUGAUAUUCGCCGGAACGACCGCCACAACCUCCAACGGCCUGAGACAAUCGAAUCACUGGUCUAUAUGUACCGGAUCACCGGUGACGAAAUCUACCGCCAGUGGGGCUGGGAGAUCUUCAAAUCCUUUAUCCGUCAUACUGCAGUAGUGGAGAAGAAGAGCGUGUCUCGUCUCCCAACAUCUACAGCCAAAGAGCCAGUCUUCCGCAUCAAGGGCUUCACAUCACUCGGCAAUGCCGAUGCGGUUCCUCCUUACAAGCGUGAUAACAUGGAGAGUUAUUGGAUGGCCGAGACGCUCAAGUAUUUCUACUUGCUGUUCUCAGACAGGGACUUCAUUUCCUUGGAAGACCAUGUCUUCAACACAGAGGCCCACCCAUUCCCACGAUUCAAGCCCUCUGGUGAGCUCAAAACCGGGUGGGAGAGGAAACCGAGGUCCUGA